AUGGCAGAUGAAAAAAAGGAUAGUGCGGUUGAAGAUACUAAGAAAAUGGAAAUCGAUACAGUAGAGGAAGAUGAUGAGUUUGAAGAAUUUCCUCUACAAGACUGGCAAGCCAAAGAAAGUAAUGAUGAAGAAGAGGAACUGAAUGUUUGGGAAGACAACUGGGACGAUGAAGUGCAUGAAAAUGAUUUUUCGAAGCAGUUGCGAGAAGAGCUGACGAGAAAUGAAUUCACAUCAGCAUCAUAA